GUAGGAGGCCACAAGCUGUUGGGAAAGGAGGGACUUGGAGGAUGCUUAAAUAGCAGGCAUGCUUUCUCUAGUCAGUCAGCAGCUGAUCCAGCUUCCAGUCACCAUGAAGGCUCUCCUGACUCUGGGGCUCCUCCUGAUUUCUGUCAGUGUCCAGGCCAAGGUCUAUGAACGCUGUGAGUUGGCCAGAAUCCUCAAAAAUAAUGGAAUGGCUGGCUACGCUGGCAUCAGCCUGGCAAGCUGGGUGUGUUUAGCUCAUCACGAGAGUGGUUAUAACACACAAGCUACAACCCACCACCCUGGAAGGAACAGCAGCCACUAUGGAAUAUUUCAGAUCAAUAGCCGAUAUGGGUGUAAUGACGGCAAAAUCCCAGGAGCAGUGAAUGCAUGUGGGAUAUCCUGCAGCGCUCUGCUGCAGGAUGACAUCACUCAGGCCAUACAAUGUGUGAAGACGAUUGUGAAGGAUCCCCAAGGCACUCAAGAAUGGCCGGCAUGGAAUAGACACUGUAAACACCAAAAUCUGUUCCAGUAUAUUCAGAACUGCACCGUCUGACCACUGUGCUUCUACUGCAGCUCAUUCUGUCUCUCUUUCACUAUAGUUGUAGGUAUGGGAAAGGUCACACUUCCUCACUUUCCCCUCCAACUAACAGGACUUCAGCAGAAACAGGACAAAAUGGAGAUUUCUUCCUAAGAAGCUUAAGCUGAUACUGUGUUUUCUGUGUUGGGCAAAGCCUCCCGUGUCAGUCAGCUCAUGCACUGUGACUGACACACACACACACACACACACACACACACACACACACCUCUGUACCUCAGUUUCUUCAUCCAGGAAGUAAUUCCCAUUGAGCUCCAUUGGAAUUCAUCCUGAUCAGGCCUGUGCUGUGAAAAAAUACAACUAUUUAAAGGAGAAAAGUCAGUCUUUGGAAAAUGGCAGUUGUGUGAGCCCAGAGCUUUGUGCAGGCUCAGCACCCAGUUAGUUAGCUUCUGUGGUGAGCUGGGAGGGUUUUUGAGGGCACAGGACUUUCAGUGGAUGAGAACUGACACUGCCUGAACUUAGAGACUUACCAUGAAAUAUGUGACCUUUCAAAAUAGUAUCUUCCUGUAGCUGGCCUGUUUAUCCUGCUUACAAAAUAAAUUCUCAGCUCAUGUGUCAGUCUAUUUAACCCUUGAGAGGAUGUUCCCAGUCUUCUGAGGUAUUUAGAAUGGCCUAGUGAGUGCUGUGCUUGUCCUGAUCUUUCUUAAGCAGUUUCAUGCUUAACUAACUAUGAGACAGAUGAGCUUGUAUCAGCAAAUAACCACAGGAGCAAAUGUAAUCUCACAGUGAAAAAGUACAAAUAGAAUUAAAUGAUUUUCAAUGCA